AUGCCCUCGUUUCCAACUACCCCCCUAGUGCGGGCAAGACAAGAUGGCCUGCAGAUUAGCUAUCCGUUACCCCAUCGCAUUCACACAGCAAAAGGCUAUCCCCUCCGAUCUCCAAAUGGCUCUUCGAUCAUUGUCUACGGCUACGAUACUGGUCUCAAAGUAGUAUGGAGAGGAGGAAGGCGGUUUGCAGAGCUAAAGUCCUCUGGCCCUCAGGUCAAGCCGAAGGCCGCAGAAAAUGCGGACCCCGAUUCAGUCAUGGUCAUUGACUCCGAUGAAGAGGAAGAACCCGAACCAGUACAAGAAGAGCCAGUCGUCGAAUUCAGUUUGGAGGAGAGCGAGGUUGACCCUGCUGCUCCUUACGAAGAGAUUCUGCGACAGUUAGAUAUUCCCCUUGGAUGUCGAGUCUUGGAUGUGGCGGUGCCUCGCGUGCUCCCGGAAGAAGCUCGCUCGCCUCUUGACCCCUUUCCGCCUAUCCUGAAGACCUCAAUUGUUGUCUCAGUGGUCUGUUCCGACCUCUCUACCAGAGUCGUCACACUGCCACUUGUGCCUCCCCACCCAGCGCAAAAGGACUCCUCGAGCUGGGGCAUCCAAACUCUCACAGUCAAUGGGGCCAUCAUUCAUCAAGAUAUCCCACGAAAUGUAGCUAUGACCUUUACUUGUCACGAACAUGGCGACGAGCAAGAACACCGAAAGUCGCGGGGCCGGAAUGGGAAUCUCAGAAAAUGGGAUCUACUCGUGGCCACACAUUCUGCAGAGGGAUGUGGCGCACUGUUACUGCAUCGCAUUCCAAUCCGCGAGGGAUCUACUUUCCGUCUUGUGGAGGAAGAUAUCGUCUCCCAGCGACGGUUGUUGCCCGCACCUGCGCAGACGAUCGCGUUCAACCCAUCCACAUGGCCAUCCAUCCGCCAUGCCAACCUGCUCGUCGCUUUCCACCACGGAUGUGUCAAAAUCUAUUCCUGCUUCUCUGUCAAGGUUUCAAAACCCGCACGGCGUGCUUCGUUGCCGCAGGAGGAUUAUGAGACCGUCGAUACGGAAGGACGCUGGUUAAUCAGUCUGUACCCUGGCUUCGAGCAAGGACCCAACGGACUCCCCCGGCGGAAGCCAAUCAUCGAUGCCAACUGGGUGUUAGGCGGCCGAGCAGCGAUGGUGCUCCUGGAAGACGGUGAAUGGGGCGUCUGGGAUAUCGAAGGUGCUGGUCCUGGUGCCGCCAAGGGCCCACUGCACCGCCAGACGAGCGUCCAAGGUGUCACUGGCGGCUCAUUAACCACAUACGCAGUCUGCGGCCGUAUCAUGACGCCACUAUCCAAUACCAAUUCUGAAACGGAGCAAAGAUCCCGAUUUGCGCCUAUGACACCGUCCACAAGACGUGUCCGCGAAGAUGGUUUGCUGAAGGGUUCAAUGAGCACCGCCAGUCCGUCCCACCGUGGCCAGAUUUCUGUCUUGCAGACAAAUCCCUCGUCAGACAUACUGCCCGAUGAAUCGAUUCUCCUCCGCCACGGCCGUCAGAGCGCAGUCAUCCCAAGCUUACUGUCUCUGUGGCGCAACGCUGUCAAGUCCACAGGCACAUUUGACUCCUCCAACCGCUGUCGCGUCUCCCCCUUUCAAGACGUGAACCUGAUGGGCCAGAACUUCCAGGCCAUCGCACACCUACCAGCACCCACCCGCCGUUCCCGACAGGCAGAGCAACAAAGCUUCGAUGUCCUCGUGGCAGCGGAGCAUCAGAUCAUGAUCCUCGCUCCAGAAUUGACCGAGUCUGCCGAGGAACCCGAACCAGCAGUGAAAAAGGAAGAAACAUCCGACACCGACCAACUGAUGCUCCGACGCGGCGAGCUAGAUGUCGAGGGAAUGGGCCGUCUACUGAACGGCAUGGCUAGCGCUAACGUGCCUAUGCGCAUGGGCAGUCCUGUCAAGCGGACUCGUGUUUUCGCUUGA